AUGCAUCCGAAUUCGACACUACCCUCUUCCAUUUCCAAUUCGCACAACUUCACUGUCAACGAGGUGUUCGCCAUUCUGAUGUUUCCCGUAAUUCUGAUCGGAAUACUCGGAAACACAGUCUCAGUUUAUGUCUAUAGCAGGAGACAUAUGAAGAAGAGCACUGUAAGUUCUACUCUUUUUCUCAAUUUUCCCAAUUGUUUGAUGAUUCAGGUUGGAUUUCUGCUUUUAAGUCUUUCAGUCGUCGAUCUGACUGUUCUUCUCACUGCUCUCCCGACGUUUUCGUUGUACAAAAUGCCUGUUUUGUAAGUGUAUAACCUCUAAAACUCUUCUCUGAACUCUUGGCCGCUUCAGUCCCGGUUACAUGAAGAUCGGCUCGGUCCACACGAUCCUCAGCGCCUUCUGCAUCGUCUACAUCUAUCCGAUCGGUUGCACCGCCAAAAUGAUCAGUCAGUACAUUAUCGUUCUGAUUGCGGUCGAGCGCUGGUUCGCAGUGUGCCGGCCGCUUCAGGUACAAGUCUGGUGCACUCCGAGCAACACCGUCAAGGCGCUCGUUUACAUCAUUGUCACUGCGAUCCUCUUCAACGCGCCACGGUUCUUGGAGUUCCAAGCGGAGUGAGUUCGCCUGCUCCGCACUUCAGAGGGGGGAUCAAUCUUUUCGUUGCAGUCUGUCCACUGGAAUCGUGCACAUGGGCCUGUCGCACAGUGCCAACAACAAGUGGUACUUUGUGGUGUACUACGGGAUCCGAUCGAUAGUCUUCGACACGGUCAUCCCGUUUCUCGUCAUCUCAAUCACAAACAUUCAAGUUAUAAAGCAGCUGAAAAAGUCGAAUGAGGAGCGAAAAAUGCUGACGACGCAGCAGCAGAAGGACAAAAAAACGACGACGAUGCUGCUGGUGAUGGUCAUUUUGUACGCGCUUUGUCACAUGUUCAACACCAGCCUCAAGUUUGUCAAUCUGGUUUUCAAGACCUAUGCUCAGUUCCAAGUACGUCUUUAAAAUGUCCAAAAAUGAGCGUCCAAGAAUCGUUCAGUUCACCCUGUUCCGCGUGCUGCAUCACGUCUCCAACCUGCUCCUCGUCACUUAUUCCAUGUCCACUUUCUUCAUUUAUUUAAUUUUCUCGGUCAAGUAUCGCCAAGUAAUUGCGGCUCUCAGCGCCUGUCGGUGCGUUUAUAAUUGCCCGCCCAUAUUUCUUUCCAUUCUCUUAUUUUUCAGACACAUGGACGAGUUGGACACGACGAACACGAGCAGGAGCAAGCAGAGGGUGACGUCCGGAAAGAACGGCUACGCUGCCAUCAAGACUUUGUGA